AUGUCCGCUGCCGCUGCGACUCCAACUGUUGCCCCGUCCAAUGCUCUGAACCCGUCCGCCAGCUCUGGCCGACCAUUGAAGAUGACCACGUCUGUCAAAGGCAUUGACGUUCAGCGCAAGCCUGGAAGCCCCGUCGACGGCGGCCAGAGCUUUUUCUCGUGGCCAACAGCCUCGCACCCGUCAUGCCUCGAGCGCUCUUCCGUCACCGCCACGGCUGCUACCCGGCGCGAAUGGCUCGUUGCUCGCUUCAGGAAACCCCCGCCGCAAAAGGCAUGGACUCAGGGCACCAAUCCCAUAACCCAGCGAUCCUCCACGCCCGUCACCUCCAACGGCGCAGCAGCCCCCGUCAAGCCCCAGCAUAACUCGACCGUACCCUCCGGCGAGACCGCAACGCCAAUGAGACAUCUCAAUGAUCGGAUGAUGUACCUGUUGGCCAAUCUGACGGGUCUACCUGGGACGAUUACUUUGAAGAAUGGCGAGAGAUAUUCGGGCGUGCUAUCGGGCCAUUCACUCGAUCCAAGCGAACUACGCUAUGUUUUCAAGAUGGUGAAGAAGCUCGUACCUACUUCUAGUGCGCAAACCAAUGGUACUGGCGACACCGACAGCUAUGUAGGAACCGGCGACAGCUACGUAAUGUCUUUCGACAUGGGUGAUGUUGCCGACUUCAAUGUCAACAAUGUCGUGCUGGACAAAUCCCAGGCAAGGGCCCAGAAUGGCACCGCUGGUUUCCGCACCGAUACCGAUAUCUCGGGGCAUAUGGCUGUCCGUGAGCGCAACUUGCAAAGGUGGGAGCCAACGGAGACCGAUUCGAACCUUUCGCUUGAGUCUUCCUCGCGGAUAAAUGAGUGGGAUCAAUUUGCUACUAAUGAACGCAUGUUUGGCGUCAAGAGCAACUAUGACGAGAAUCUCUACACAACGACGAUCAACAAGAACGAUCCACAGUAUGCUCAAAGAGCAGCGCGUGCCGAGAAGCUAGCUCGUGAAAUCGAGUCCAGCAGUGCACUCAACUCCCACGUCCGCGAAGAACGAGGCGGUCAAGUACCGGCUGAUGAUGCAGGGGCUGAUGAAGAGGACAAAUACAGUGGAGUUCGUCGCGACUUUCCCGCCCUGUCAACGGGACAGCCCAACAAGUAUACGCCACCUGCACGACGUGCACCCGCAGCUCAGUCGUCCGUCUCUGGUGCGCCGAUCGAUCCUGCUAUCAUUUCAGCUGUUCCACGACCAGAUUCGAAGUUGGCUCAACGUACUGCUAGCCCUGCAGCAGGAACGCCGGCACAUACCGAGGCAUCUCCAGCUACGUCAAACACCAAGGCUCCGGAACCUGCACCUUCGGACGCAGUGUCGAAGCCCGAAGCCAAGCAAGUCGAUGUGCCCAAGCCCUCCAUCGAGCAACCGCAGAAGCCGAGCAGUACCAUAAAGCUGGGUGUAGCCGCGAUUCCGCCUCGAAGGACUGGACGACCACACGAUGCCACCACCAACGUCGAGCAUGAUCUGCUUGACUCCUUCAAGCAAUUCUCCGCUGCAGAGAAACUACGCAUAUCCGACAGGCAGAGGGCGUUUGCACGCGAAAACAAGGCCGUCAAAUUGAAUGAUCUGAAGAAAUUUGCUCUCAACUUCAAGCUGAGCACACCUGUUCCCUCGGAUCUGGUUCCUAUCCUCGCCAAAGACGAGACAAAGCAACAGGCCAUCGUCGAGAAGGCUCUCAAACAGGCACAAGAGGUUAAAAGUACACCUCCAAAGGCUUCGACUACUCCCUCAGACUCAAAGACAACUGCACGCUCUGCCACCAAACCUGACUCUGCCCAGCCUUCUUCAAAUGGCCACGCAAAUGGUCAGCAGAACCAGCGACCGCGUCCUGGUCAGACCGCAUACGCUUCGGCAAGCAUGCGUGACCGCACACAUCAGAAUUUAAACCAGACUCCCCUUCGUAACCAGGGUCCACUAAGCACACGUCUACAAACGAGUCAACAGCAACAUAAGCAGCAAGGCAACAUGACAUACGGCACCGUACCCCAGCCUAUACCCACUCAAGAUAUGCGUAUGCCUCCUGCAGGUCCAUCACAGCCCCCUAGCGGAAUACAGACGCCCAGCUCUUCUCUUUCAAGAUUCAACGUUCGCGCCAACGAAUUCAAGCCGAAUCCAGCAGCUCAUACCUUUCAACCCGGUGGCAACCCUAGUGCCAAUUCCAGUCCCAGACCCAACUCCGCUAUGAAACAAGAAGUCCACCGGAGACCGUCGGCCAUUACCAGCUUCUUUGGUGGUCAGAAGCCCUCAAUAAAGCCCCUAGACGAUAGAAAUACCUUCAAUGCGAUCGGACGCAUGGAAAAGGAAUCUGAGAAAACUCACAAUGGGAACAUUCCACCCCCGUACAAGACUCCGCCAACAUGGGACUUCCCAGCCGCCAAUACGGACAAAGGUCACGUUCAGCUAUUCGAGCAUGCCGCUGCCACUGCACCCUUGACCGCGCCUCAUGGUGCCAUGGGAGGCGGGCCCAUCCCCCAUCAGCACCAGUUACCACCCCAUCUUCAAGGAGCACCAGGCAUGCCGCAAGGACCCACCCCCCAGCACACACCAGGUCGCCCGCCAGUCCAGCCGCAUCCCGGACCCAAUCAACAUCAUUACGAAGCACAGCAUAUGCAAUUCUCUCACUCUACCUCUUCGAUACAACCUUCUCCACGACCCAUGCAACCUUAUAUGUACGGUGCCCAGCCCCAACAGAUGUCUGGUUACCCCCAACCAGUACCAGUACCACAGUAUGGAUUGAGCCCGGGCGUGCAGCAUGUCCCUCUAAGGAAUGCACAAGGGGGCCAGUUCAUCAGUCCUCCAGGGCCAGCGAUGGGCGGUCAUAUGAUGACCAACCAGCCUUCAAAUGGACCUUUUAUGCAGAUGCCAGGCAACCCGCAGUUGCCCAUGUACUCUCCAGCCCCUGGACCCGCUUAUCCUCAAUAUUCUGGUCACAUGCCUGGGCCCCCAGGUGCCAACGGCUUUCCAAGCCCACGGCCAGGUGCGCAAAUGAUGAGCCAUCAGGGCUCGCAAGGAGGGCAUCACCAGCAGCCACCAAUGAUGUACAUGCAGCCUGGUGCCCCUGGGCCUCAGAUGUACCAGAUGCAGCCAGGAUCAAUGACUCCAAUGCGAGGGCCUUAUGCUCAGCUACAUCAAGGCCACUACGGCUCACCACAGCAGCAUCAUCAAUUUCCACAGCAACAUCGAGGCACUCCGAGCGGGAGUUACUCCCAGCCCAUGAUGCAGCAGCAUUCGAUGGGAGCCCCGAUCCCGCCAACUGGGCCGGCCAACCACGGUCCAGAGACCAGUGACGAAGCCAAAUGA